CGACAUAAUACGAGGCCCCCGCUCUCAGCUUUUUGUGCUGCAGGAGAGGCUCCGCGUCGUGAAGCCACAUAUUGACAUAUUCCCCGUGGCACGCUGUCACAGCCCACAUCUCUGACGGCUGAAUUGGGAUUUGCACACUGUCGCCGAUCGCUCAAUUUUGUAGCUCCUACGAUCAGCAUCAUGGCUGCCGAGCAACACAGGUCGGCAUACUCCAAGGAGCAGAUGGCGAGAUACUUGGACCGUCUCAAAUUGCCCCAUGGGGAGCGACACUUUGAUGUCGCGGCAUUCAACCCCAAUGAUGCGCUUGCCUACCUUGCCCUGUUGCAGAAACACCAUCUCGCUGAGAUACCCUUUGAGAAUCUAACCCUACACUACUCAGUACAUCGGCAAGUCUCCCUCCACCCCGAAGAGCUGUUCAAGAAGAUCAUUGGGGACAACAAUGGCCGUGGGGGCUAUUGUAUGGAGAACAACGGCCUAUUUGGGACUCUGCUCCACUCGCUUGGCUUCAACGUCUACUCGGCAGGCGCUCGCGUUUUCGACCAUGGGCAGUGGACUGGUUGGAGUCACAUGGUCAACUUCGUUAAGAUUGGCGGAACCAAAUAUCACGUAGACGUAGGCUUUGGAGCCGAGGGCCCAGUCGUGCCAAUGCCGCUGGAUCGCUCGGGCGCGAUACAGCAGCACAUUAGCCCAGCCACGACACGGCUUCAAUAUCGCAACAUUCCUGGCACCACCGAUCCUGAUCAGCGUUUCUGGGUCUAUGAGUACCGAAGAAACGGCGCCAGUGACUGGGAGAUCAAGUACUCGUAUACCGAGCUGGAGUUCUUCCCACAAGACUAUGCCGUCAUGAACUAUUUCACGAGCACCACCCAACGGACUUUCUUCACGCGAAUCGUCGUAGUGGAGAAGAAGAUACUGGGACGUGACGGGGACAUGGCUGGGAAUCUGAUAUUGAUGGGAAAUAGUCUAAAGCGGAGGAUACACUGGGAGAAGGAGAAGGAGGUCGAGUUUCAUAGCGAAGCAGAGAGGCUGGACGCUCUACAAAAGUACUUCAAUAUCAGCUUCGGGGCGGCCGAGCGGGAUGGCAUUCGUGGGCUUCCAUCAGAGAUCAAGUAGCUUUCCAGACUGAACAAGAGAAGUUUGGCAUUCUCGAUUUGGAUGUGUAUCAUUUGUUAUGGAAUCUAGUGUUCUUCUGUCGCUCGCACCCGGCUUAUAGGAAUCGCUGCUCGCACCUCCAUGGGUUGUUUAGCUCAAAUCCGGCGGGGGCUAUCGGCUUGUCUGUCUGUCCUCGCGCAAAGCCCGUCAAUCGUCGGUCGCGUUCCAUCACCUAUCCCAUUGGUCGAUUCCUCGUC